AUGGGCCAACACCACUCAUCUGCUUGCUCAGCGCCAGCCCAUGCCCCUCAGGCACCCGCCCCUAAUCAUGCACCGCGUCCCAUUGCGCCGAUCCGGCGCAGGAGCAGCUCCAGCGGCAUUGUGACAAGUCAAGCUAUCUUCCUGACCAAUCUGGCACGCACCGAUCCGCGUCAACUCAAAGCGCACGAAGCCCUCUACCAUGACGCAUAUUAUCGUGAGAAUGCGAAAGAAACCCCCGACUUUGCUUUGCUUAAGAAGUGGUACUUAGCGUACUUUCUCAAACAGAAGGGACAGCCACUGAACACUGAGCAGCGAGUAAUGCUGGAGAGCGGUGAUCCCAGCGACAAUGGUGGGAAGCGAGCUGGUACAGCGCAGUCGUUGGGUAGGGUAGAUGAGUUGUUUGGUGAGUAUUUCCAAGCUGCGAAAAUAGAGAACGACGCGGAACGGACACGAAAAACGUCGCUACAGCCGAUUGCACCAAUAGAGGAUGCAGACGUUCAGGCUUCGCAGGCCAAUUCGCAGACACUGAGCCAGCAUUUCCCGACACCGGUACUGCAGGCACAGUCGUUAACGCCAGCUAGCGCACAGCCUUUCAACGAAUUUUUCGAAGAGACAGUUGCAGCACGAACAGUGAGCCUUGAGGAGAAAGCUGUGUCGAAUAUACGUUUUGAGAUCUGGGAUCGUGAUACCAUAGACAGCGGGCUCGAUCGCAUUCUGGCCACAGGGUCCAUCUACCAAGCACAGUCUGCGACGCAAAUAGCAGAGCCGGUACCCCAGGGGAUGGCAGCGCUGCGGUCUGGAAUUUCUUACCUGAGCUCGCUGCCGCAGUCAUUGGCCACGGGCAAUGAAGCUGUAGACGACGAGAUGCAGAAGUUACUGGAGUAUGCUUACCAGACAGAUCGCACGACAUUGCAAAAUACUCCAGAAGACGAGCAACUCCUACGCCAGACCACUGAGGAGUCUAAGGCGGACUGGCAGCGGUAUUGCGACUUCUACGCUGACAGAGAGUCACAGGCAGUAGACGCACCACCUAUUGAAGAUCCGAUUGUCGGUGAGUUCGAUUUCAGCGACCCACUUAGCGAAGAACAACUAGCAGCAUUUGACUUUGAGGACCCUCCUGGGCAAGGGGUGUUCGCGCAGUCCGAUGUUCGAAUAGCUGCGGCGCAUGCUGCGAAUCUUGCUCGGCAUUGA